GCUGGCAUUAUUAGUCGAACCGGCAACCGGCAAGGACAUUUGCUUCUCCAGUUUCGCCAAAAUGGCUCUUUCAGUAUUCUGCCGAAAGUGGAGAUUCUGUUCUCUACCUCCACCAGUGGUACCAUGCCGGAGUUUUCGAUCGGACGCAGCUCUUGAAGCCCUAUCCAAGGCCUCCGAAGCCAAAACCCCAAGCGUCCUCGUCCUCUAUAACUAUCCUUCCUUCUCCGGUGCCUUCUCCGCACUCUUCGCACAUCUCUACCACUCCCGCCUCAAUCUCCCUUGCCUCAUUCUGCCUUUCUCGUCCGCCAUUCCCUUCCGGGUGGAAGAUGUGUGCAUUCAAGGACUUAAAGAGUGCUACUUUCUUGAUUUUCUUGGCCCAAAAGGUUUUGCUUUAGAGCUUUUCAAGCAAACAUCUUGCAAGGUAAUAGGAUUUGAUCAUCGUAAGUCGACGUUGGCGAAGAUUCCUGCUCCUAAGGAAAAUUUGAAUGAGAACCUUGCGUUACAUGUCAAUCUUGAGAAGAGUAGCUCCUUUGCUGUCUAUGAAUAUUUCUCUUCUAAGCUUUCAGAAAUUGUCUCGGAUGAUGAGAACAGUAUAGGUCUGAUAGAUCCUAAAGACCGAGAGCGUGUGGAAUUGGUUCUCAAGUACAUUGAAGAUGGAGAUCUUCGUAGAUGGAGUUUGCCAGACAGCGAAACAUUUAAUGUUGGUAUUCGUGAAUGGCGCUCGAAGCUCAACUGCAUCACUAAUCCACAGAUGUAUAAGCAGUUGAUGGAGAUGAGUGCCAUGGAUAUAAUUGCUGGAGGCAUCUCCUCUGUGUCUACUCGACAGAUUGCUGCAAACAAAUUGUUGGAUAAGGUUUUCAAAGUUCGGUUGGGCAGAGGCUUGUAUGGGGAAUGCCUGGUAAAAAUAAAGUUAUCAUCCUUCAGGGGGUCAGACUUUAUGGUAGUUCAGAUUUAAUUGAUGAGAUUGGCAAGGAACUUAGCAGAAGAAGUGCUGUGGCUGGACUAAGGUCUAUAGGAGCUGUUGUUUACAUGCAACGAAACAAUCUUAAAAUGUGUUUGAGGAGCAUGGAUGUCAAUACUGAUACUUCCGAAAUUUCUAAGGCUUGUGGUGGAGGUGGCUCUCCAGGUUCCAGCUCCUUCAUCAUCCGGAUGGAUGAAUAUAACAAAUGGCUCUCAUCAUGCUCAUCCUGAGCUUAUUAAGGAAAUGGCUGUACAAUUAGUCGAACCAGCAACCGGCAAGGACAUUUCCUCAUGAAGCUUAGCCCAAUGGCUCUGUCAUUGUUCUCCCUUCCACUGUCCCCCACGACCACCAGUGCUACCAUGUCGGAGUUCUACAUCGUAGGCCAAAACCCCACAUGUCGUCAUCUUCUACAGCUAUCCUUCUCCUCACUCUUUGCACACCUCUACCACUCCCGCCUCAAUCUCCCUUGCCUCAUUUUGCCUUUCUAUUCCACCAUUCCCUUCUGGUAAGACUAAUACUACUAUAUUCACAUUUCCUCCAAGUUGAUUUUAUUGUCCCAAAAAAAAUGAAAAAAAAAAAAGGCUAGCAUGUCUAGCAGUAAUAUAUUUCACUAAUCAGUUUCUUUCAUAUAGUGUGGAAGAUGUUUGCAUUGAAGGACUUAAAAGAGUGUUACUUUCUUGAUUUUCUUGGACCAAAAGGUUUUGCUUUAGAGCUUUCAACAUUUCCAAAGCUUUUCUUGGACCAAAAGCAUUUUUGGCAUAGAAGUUGCAUAAGAAUAGGAUAUCAUAAUACAUCAAAGCAGCUGAUUGACAUAUUUUUCCUACUUAAUUGGGAUUGCUAUGGGCUUUGAGAUUUCUUGGAGGUUUAGCAUCAGAAUGUUGAAGAAAUAGUUGUGUACUAAAUGUAAGAUACCUAAAGUCCUCUGUGUUAAUGAAAAAUCCGAUGAGGCUACAAAUGCAGAUGAUGUGUAUGAUCACUUAUGCAUUAGUGCACUGGACAACCUUCAACUGCUAUGCCUUUGGCUGUUGGACAUGCUGCCAAUUCACAGUAUUCCCCAUUUGUACCCCACCAAGUCACUCCUUUAUUGUCCAUUCCGAGUGUGAAGUAUAGCAGCAUGCCCAUGAAAUCUAUACCAGCAUCCAGAGCUGCUGAAAGAAUGUAAUUGUACCUUUGCCACCACUGCUUUCGGUAAUGGAAGACAAAAUAGUUGAAAAUGAGCCCUACUAUGAUCUAGGCAUUGUAAUUUAAUCGUGUUGCUGGUGGGAUGGCACCUCCUCCUCCCAGAAGGACUGGAAGGUUUAUUAGAGGAAUCCAAGAAUGCUUUGGAAAUGCCUUGUGGAAGAGCCAAACUAUAGUAGAUCCCAGGGCCCCUCGAAGAAAAAACCAAUUCAUUUCAGAGUAGUUUCCUAGAGUUCCAAAAAUCCUUUUAGGUCCAACCAAACCCCCUAUGACAGAUGCAUCAAAGAACGCCCUAUCUCCAGGGUAUGUCCAUGGACUAUCUGGUGGAAGGAGGUCAUCCUGGCAGAUGUUCUCAAUGGGGUGCAGCUGCCACCAUGCCACAGUUAUGAUGCUGAUUGGAAGCGUGAAGACAAAGGCCAAGACACUAGCAAAGAGGAGACCCCACCAUGGCAUCUGAACUUGUUUGUUCAAGAAAAUGCAGAGUAUUAGCGAGACUAAUAACGUUAUAACGAGCAAGACAUGAAACCACCAUGAAGGAAGGAUGCAACAACAGACCAAUCCAGUGUUAAUGCUCCUAUACCAAGGCCCCUCAUACCAGAACCUAUUUGCUGGGCAGUGACUGACUUGGAGAAUACCCAACAGACCCAUGAGAUGCUGGAGAGUGUUGUGAAGAGGUAUCCCGGGAACAGGUACCAAGAAAAGCUGCAGAUCAGUGCAACUAGGAAGAAUUUUGCCCUCGUCAUGCGCUGCUCAUCUUUUUCAUGCAAGGCCCUGCAAAAGAAAAAUGAAUGUUAUUUAACUUGUUUCAGAAAAAGAAUUGCAUUGUGUAGAUUGUGAAAAUGUUGUUGAGAAUAGGCAGUCAAGACAAAAUGAAAAUAGGGAGAUACAUUGCCGGUUAUAAAAUGAGUUAAUUUGUGGUAUCUGUCAACAACUAGUGCUUGAACAAUCUCGGAUGCGGUUUACGAUGAGAAAUGAUGAUGUUAAUUUGGCGAUAAGAACUACUCGUUGCAACAAUUAUUAUGUGAUGUAUUGUGGUUUCUCGUGCUGUAGGCUUGUGGCCAACCAUAGAUGCCUCUCAGCUAGCUCAUAGUACACUGUUCCUCUUAAAUCAUCCAGACAAUUUGCUGCAAUCAGCAAAGAGAUAUGAAUGGUUCUCUGGGCACUACAAAGCCCUAAACGGAGGAGUCUCAACUCAACAGAUGGGAUUGAUUCAAAGUUUUUCAUUUCUCUCAACAGAUGGGAAGUUCAAAUGCUGAAACUGGAAAGCUCAUAGAAUAGAAGUGCUAAUUUUUUAUUAACCUCUUGUACAGUACUUGAUGAUAUUAAGUGGAGGGAAGGUCUUCUAAAUUUCUAAUAAACAAAACAAAAUUCUCUGACUGAGC